CAUGCUGUUUACAUCUAAAACGUGAACAUUAUGGUGAAGAAAAGGCAUUGCCAUGAACAGUGUACCGCUUUCUUGGAGUCUCUGUAAAUCCUGUUGGUAGGAUACACACUGAGUAUAUAUUUUGCUUCAAAGACUACCAAGGAAAACUAUUUUGCGAAUGGGAUGAAUAUGCAGCCAUUGACUACUUACCAACUACAAUUUAGUGACUGAUUAACCAGCUGGAGCACUUAACUAGUGAUGAUUCCAUUCUCACAUUAUCCCGUUUGAGUUUGCUUGUCUUGAUUUAAAAAAAAAAAUUCAAAGUGGAGUACCGUAAACUUGAUAUGGAUGGUAAAAAGAAAGACAAGGACAAACCAGAUGAUAGAAUGGCACGGCCUAGUGGGCGUUCAGGUCACAAUCCACGUGGCACUGGCUCUUCGAACUCUGGAGUGUUAAUGGUUGGACCUAACUUUAGAGUUGGCAAAAAAAUUGGAUGUGGUAAUUUUGGAGAACUACGAUUAGGAAAAAAUUUGUACACAAAUGAAUAUGUGGCAAUUAAGCUGGUGCUUCUGAGCUGUUUUGCUGUGUAUCUGUCGCUGUUCGGCAUCUCGGCUGUGGCCCUUCAUGGACAUCUGCCCAGCACUGUUCACAAAAAUGUCUUAAUUGCGGAGCCAAUGAAAUCCAGAGCACCACAGCUACACUUGGAAUACAGAUUCUACAAGCAAUUAGGAUCUGGAGACGGUAUACCUCAGGUUUACUAUUUUGGCCCUUGUGGCAAAUACAAUGCCAUGGUGCUAGAACUACUGGGACCUAGCUUGGAAGACCUAUUUGACCUGUGUGAUAGGACAUUUUCUCUUAAAACUGUUCUUAUGAUAGCUAUACAGUUGAUUUCUCGUAUGGAAUAUGUCCAUUCAAAGAACUUGAUAUAUAGAGAUGUAAAACCUGAGAACUUCUUAAUAGGACGACCAGGAAACAAAACCCAGCAAAUUAUUCAUAUUAUAGAUUUUGGUUUGGCAAAGGAGUAUAUAGAUCCAGAGACAAAGAAGCACAUACCAUAUCGAGAACACAAGAGCCUUACAGGAACAGCUAGAUACAUGAGUAUAAAUACACAUUUAGGAAAAGAACAAAGUAGAAGAGAUGAUUUGGAAGCUUUAGGACAUAUGUUUAUGUAUUUUCUCAGAGGGAGCCUUCCGUGGCAAGGUUUAAAGGCUGAUACAUUAAAAGAACGUUAUCAGAAAAUUGGAGACACAAAACGAGCAACACCUAUCGAAGUAUUGUGUGAAAACUUUCCAGAGGAAAUGGCUACAUAUCUGCGUUAUGUAAGAAGGCUAGAUUUUUUUGAAAAACCAGACUAUGACUACUUAAGAAAACUCUUUACAGACUUAUUUGAUCGGAAGGGCUAUAUGUUUGAUUAUGAAUAUGACUGGAUUGGGAAACAGCUGCCUACUCCAGUGGGCUCAAUUCAUUCAGAUCCCGCACUGUCAUCAAACAGAGAAGCACAUCAGCACAGAGAUAAGAUGCAACAAUCCAAAAAUCAGUCGGCAGACCACAGGGCAGCUUGGGACUCCCAGCAGGCCAACCCCCAUCACUUGAGAGCUCACCUUGCAGCUGACAGACAUGGUGGCUCGGUACAGGUUGUAAGCUCAACAAAUGGAGAAUUGAAUACAGAUGACCCAACUGCAGGCCGUUCGAAUGCUCCUAUCACAGCCCCUACAGAAGUAGAAGUAAUGGAUGAAACAAACUGCCAGAAAGUGUUGAACAUGUGGUGCUGUUGUUUUUUCAAGCGAAGGAAAAGAAAAACUAUUCAGCGCCAUAAAUGACUCUGGAAGCAGGCAGAACAUGGGGAAUUACUUUCUUGUUCAUCUGCUGUCUUGUGAUUUAAAAAAAAAAAUCAUUUCUGUAAUGACCACAAAUUAUUUUCAAAGACUCCAUCUUAAACAAAAAUGUCGUGCCUCCAUGCUUUGGUUUGGUUCUCCUUCAUUCGUAUUUUAUUUUUUAUCCAUCUCUUCUGGAAGCUUUAAAGUUUUAUGAAACAUGAGUGCUUCUUUGACCAUCAGUAAAUGGACCAGUGAAAUGGUACAAAUGAACACUGCUCUGUCCUGAGCAAAACUAAACUUCAAAAGCAUUUCUUCUGUCCUAGAAAGCAAUUAGCAGUGUCUUAGCUGAAGAUCAGAUAUGUCAUAAAUCUGGUUUUUGAUUAGUUCUGUAACAGCAAGUUGAAAGCAGUCUUUUCAAGUGGAUAAUGAAGAAAAAAUAUAUCGUUGCCCAAGCAUUUAAAAGUAAUAAAAAAUCUUACCUUAAGAUUUCUUAUUGUCUGUGACAUAUGCAUUGAUUGUUCAGUAUUACUGAUGGUACUGCAGUCCCAAAUUGUAUUUGUAUUAACAUUAAAUCCUCUCCAUGAUAUCAUGGUACAGUCACUACUUGGAGAUACUGAGGAAGAAGCUAGAUGGAUUCUGCUGAUGGCAUGGUCUAUGCUGUAGUUGCUAAUGAACAAAAAUAUCCUCGAAAGACUCUAGGUUUGAAAAUGUGCUUUUGUUGUGUCUCUAAUGGAGUUGCAGUAUAGUAGAAAUGGCAACGAUGCUUGUACAAAAAUACAAAUAUUUGUAUAAUGUAAGUUGUGCUUCUGGUUACAUUAGAGAGGAAGAUGAAAUAUCUUCAAAAGAGAGAAGAUAUUUAAGAGUUAUAAGAUACACUAAGAGGAAAUAAAUGUGAAUCUGCUUUAAGUGGAAUGGGAAUUAAAGCCUACAAUUCCCAUGAAGGCUACUGCUGAAUGGCAACAUCCUCCUUAAACUGAAAAUUUGGAUGUGCCAUGUAACUGUUAGAUCUUGUUGGUAAAUUAUUUUACUCAAUGAUUUAAAAAAAAAAAUAAGGCAAUGGACAUGGGUUGAACUUAUACUGCCUUCUGUGUACUAGACUAUAGUACCUAAAACUUCGCUGUAGUUUUCUGCAACCUUCUUAACUUUCUGUGUAAUAUUGCAACUGAUGUAAGAUAUUAGGGAAAGGAUGGAUCAGGUACUUUCCCCCACAGUCCUCUGAAGUGCCUGCAAUAUCUAUAAACCAGCUGUUCUGUAGAAAAGGCAGCCCAUUCCAUUUUUUCAAGUCUGCUUCAUUUAAAGCCAUAAUGACAGAGGUGUGCUUUUGUCAUAUUUAGCUACCAGUACUUGGAGAGAUGGAAUGAAAGGACGGAAGUGACUAGACAGACUUGUUGACCAAAACUCCAGAUUAAUUCUCACAAUUUUUAAAAAAGCCUCCAAGAGUUAACUUGUAAUUUUUUUUCUGUCAACAUAUGCCUUCUGGUAUACUUAUUUAUUUUUAAUCUGUUGUGUGGUAACAUUCAAAAUGUGUAUUAAAAUAGAUAAAUGCACACCUUUGAAUUCAUUAUUGCAUUGACAGGGAUUUUAGUUGUAUUUUAUAAUUUAUUUUUUCUUAACUGCCAAAACUGCAGUGCAUUGUUUUGAUGAAUGAUGUGCUCACACGAACACAAAAAUGUGUAAUCUGGUCAUUGUCACUGUUUCUGUUAAUAAUAAUAAUGUUAAAUUUUUGUUUUAAAAAACUGAACUUGGCCUACAAAAGUAUAUACUGUAUAACUGGGUCAAUAGUUUCCACUCAACCUGUUUGUAUUACUCAUUGUCUUAAACUCAUGGACAGUUACACAGUGUUCUUUAUUUUGAUUUGAGCUGAAGAAGUAAGUUGACUUGACCAUUCUAAUGUGAAAACCUGUCCGUCUUUGCAGUAUUUGACCAAAUUUGUCACUCCAUAAUAUUUGUAAAUACAUGCAGUAUUGUAUUUCUUAUCAUACAGUUUAGUUUAAUUCUCAAGGGAUGUUUGACCUGUACAGUGUUUAUAUGAUCUGAACUCCAUAUACACAUCAAGAUGUGUAUAUUAAUCCAAUUAUGGAUUUAAAUAUAAAAAAUUAUGAAAUCUGUUUAUUUGCUGCAAAGACCAGUAUUUAGGCAUUUUGCUUUUUAGCAAUAUUUUUAAGUGCUCCAUUUUAAUGCCAAGGGUCAUUUCCUUCUGGCAACACACACUGGUCAAUAAUAAGUAAAGCAGGUAUGUUCAGGUUAAGCCAACAAUGUUUUGCAUUUGUAUGUUUUUUCCCUUCUAAACUAAUGAAGUCAACAUUGCCUGAAUGUCAGAAUAGUUAAAUCCCUGUUUAAAAUUAUGUAACUGAAGAAGGAAAAAAAAAAUAAAGGUAGUUUUUUUAA